AAGGUCUUCUGGCACCGGAAGUGUUUGUAAAACGGUUAAAAAGCCAGUUGACGUAGGCUAGCUAGCGUUAGCUGUCAGCAGGUUCAGUCAUUGUGCAGGGAUGGAGGUGACACGCCAAAAUUAUAAAGACAGUUUAAACACGGUGUACAGCGCCAUAGAGGAGGCUGACUUCCUUGCCAUCGAUGGAGAAUUUUCAGGGAUAAGCGACGGUCCCAAUGUCAGUGCACUCACCAACGGACUGGACACACCAGAAGAGCGAUACACGAAGCUUAAAAAGCACUCAAUGGACUUUCUGCUGUUCCAGUUUGGAUUAUGUACAUUCACGUACGACCAGACGAAGUCAAAGUAUAUCACAAAGUCUUUUAAUUUUUAUGUAUUCCCGAAACCGUUCAACAGGACAUCUCCUGACUUAAAGUUCAUCUGUCAAAGUUCCAGUAUUGACUUCCUGGCCAGUCAGGGAUUUGACUUCAACAAGGUGUUCUGUCAUGGAAUCCCAUAUCUAAACCAAGAAGAAGAAGCCCAGCUGAGGGAGCAGACAGAGGAGAGGAGAAAUCAACAUGCUAACGGUGUAGGGACACCAUCCUACAUCUCCCCCUCCUCCAAAGGCCCUGCACAUGUACCUGAGGAGCAUAAAGACUACAUCAACAGGGUGAUAGAGAAGGUUGAGGCCCUCUUCACUAACUCUGAGAAGACUUUGGACUUGGACCCAUGUACCGGGUUUCAGAGAAAGCUGAUCUACCAGACACUGAACUGGAAGUUUCCCAAGGGGCUUCAUGUGGAAACUGUGGAAACGGAAAAGAAGGAGCGAUACAUCCAGGUCAGCAAAGUAGAUGAUGAAGAGAGGAAGAGGAGGGAACAACAGAAACAAGAGAGAGAGCAGGAGGAGCUAAAUGAUGCUGUUGGCUUCUCCAGGGUCAUCCACGCCAUCACCAAAUCUGCCAAACUUGUGGUUGGUCAUAACAUGCUGUUGGAUGUGAUGCACACCAUCCACCAGUUCUACUGCCCUCUGCCAGAGGAUCUUCAAGACUUUAAAGAGAUCACAAUGUGUGUCUUCCCAAGAAUUCUGGACACAAAGUUGAUGGCUUCCACUCAGCCCUUUAAGGAGCUGAUCACUAACACGUCUCUGGCAGAGUUGGAGAAACAGCUGAAAGAGAGCCCUUUCAAAUCACCACAAGUUGAAACGGCAGAGGGGUUCCCCGGUUAUGACACAGCCCAGGGACAGCUCCAUGAGGCCGGGUACGAUGCAUACAUCACUGGCCUCUGUUUCAUCUCGAUGGCCAACUACCUGGGCUCUUUCUUGACUCCACCCAAAGCGUACAUCUCUGCUCACUCAAAACUAAUUGAGCCUUUCUUCAACAAGCUUUUCCUGAUGAGGAUCAUAGAUAUUCCCUACCUCAACAUCACAGGACCAGAUUUGCAACCUAAAAGAGACCAUGUCCUGUAUGUCACCUUCCCAAAAGAAUGGAAGACUAGUGACCUCUACCAGCUCUUUAGUGCCUUUGGAAACAUCCAGGUUUCCUGGAUAGACGACACGUCAGCAUUUGUGUCCCUAAGUCAGACGGACCAGGUACAGAUCGCUAUGAACACCAGCCGCUAUGCAGAGAGUUACAGGAUCCAGACGUAUGCGGAGUACAUCCAGGGUAAGCAGCAGGACAAGGAGAAGCUCAACCAGACGCCCAAAUCUUGGGGAGAGGAUGGCUGGAUGAAACCUCACCACACCUCCGCUACUUGUGCUGGUUUUGGAUAUCCCAGGGGUUUGAGGAAACGCAGCAUCAGUCCCGCUCAGGGAGAUCAGGGGACCGGAGAUGCUUCAGUCACAGAUGGCUGGAGUCACUGCUUGUACCCGGAUAGCACAGGCAGCAAGAAGAUGAAAACUGAUGACAAAAGUGGGCAAGCUAUUGAGAGCAAGACCUCAGAAGGAUGGCUAAAGACUGCAGAUGCAUCGGAUUCAGCGGGGUCUAGUCCAGUCCCUGAUGAGGUGGAAGAGCAAAGUCCUGAAGGCAAUGAUGCUGAGGGGACGGUACCUUGGCAACAAGCCACAACAGUCCAUAGGAAGAAAGGUCAAAAGAAAAAGGCCAAAGGGGCUAAAUCUACAACGUCGCUGUUUGAGGUCCCGGAAGUCUGGUAGCGAGAGGUGAGGAGUGGAGAAGCCACUGUCUCACUAUGAGCUCCUGCUCUGUCUCUUAAGCACUUACGGUGCUCUUCUGUAAGGUUGCACAUCACUAGUAGUGGUGCAUGCCCUAAAUUAAUUUGUUCACUCAACAGCUGUGGAUACCGUGUCCAAAGCUACCAGUCAAGCUUACUUGACUGGACUAUUGAGAGAACACAAGCCAUAAUGACAGCUGCCAUAUUUUGAUCUUUUAGCCACGGGGCAGGCAACUGUUCUGGGGAAACACACAUUCUUUACUAGAAUCUUAAAAAUCUAAACUCAAUGUUCAUUUAUUGUGCUUGGACUGGAAUCUGCCACCACAGCCAUGCUGUCACUUUGAAAUCAUUCAUUUUUAAUGACUCAGUCAUCUCCAAUCGGUCUUACAUUUUGUGAGUGAGUUGCGUGCGAGUUUGUGCAUGUGAGGGAGAUGUUACUUUUCUCCAGUCUGUGUCCCUGUGAAGCCCUUUCAUUAAUCGUGAGAUAAAAUGCCACCGACAGGUCCUGUAGUUUACAAUAUCUGGGUUAUUUAGUAUUUUAUCAAUUGUUUUUUUAAAUAUGAGUUCUGUCAACCUCCCCAGUUUUAUCAAAACAUAUAUAAGCUUAUCAAUGAUGUGACAUUUAUUAUUGGUGGCAUUUUGAUCCUUCAUGAGAGGUGCUUUUCUUUUUGUACAGAAUUGUUUUUCUUUAC